AUGGCACUCAAGUGCAUUACGUUCACAAUCAUCAUGUGUAAUAUACGAUGCAUUGAGGGUAAACAUUCAGUGUCUAGUUUAUUGGAUUCUGUUUUGAGUCAGUUGGAUCCAUCUGUUUCUACACGCUACGGGGUCAGACAAGGUAAAUAUUGUCUUAUAUCUUAGUUUUGGGCUAUUUUAGCUUUGUCAAAAUACUAAAAUAAAAGUUUGACAAAGAAAAAAUACCUUCUUCUUACUAUUAUUUCGAAGUAAAAAGUUUUUUACAGACUUAUGUCCAAAUGGAGUAGAUCCUCAACGAAAUUCGGAUGGAAACAUAAAAUGGUGCCGUUUGGACGCGGAAUGUCGUCUCAAUUACGAAUGUGUACCAAUAGUCGGACUGAACCACUUUGGCAAUCCAGUCAAAUAUUGUUGCCCAACCAAAUGUAGCUAAAUUUUCCAGCCUGUUUCGAAUUAUAGAGUUUAAAUUUUUAUUGUGAAGUUAAAUCAGUCAUUUGUGCUUCUAUAAUACGUCAUAACCAGGCUUGGACACAGGGCAGGGCAGGGCAUAGGGCAUAGUUUGAAAUUUUUUUACGGGGCAGGGCAUAGCUUGGAACAGGGCAGGGCAUGCCCUAUGCCCUGCAUUACCCUGCAAAUGCCCUGUUUGUGCCAUGGUAAGUUUUGGCGGACGCCUCCGCCGAGCGGUCGAUAAUCGGCGGACGCCAUAACUUGGUUAGUUUAGCAGCUAGAAACAUGUAGUUCAAUUCAGAAGUUAUUAAAUGUCAUACGCUACAAGUAAAAGCAUAAUUUUAAGAUUUUAAAAGUAGUAUUGUUAUCGACCGGUUGAUAAUUUUUAGUAUAUUUUAAUUGCAAAUUUUAUAUAUAUUAUUAUCGCUCUGUUGUUCUAAAUUGUACAGAAAUUGCAUCAGAUACAAUUCUAAGCAAAAAACUUUGUUUUUUGUAAAAAUUAAACAUUUGUAAAUUAUCGACCGGUCGAUAACAAUAUUGUUUUUAAAAACAUAAAUUUCUGGCUUAAUGUGUAGGCUAUGACAGAUAACAACUUCCGCACUUAAUUACAUUUUUCUAGCUGCUAAACUAACCAAGUUAUGACGUCCGCCGAUUAUCGACCACUUGGCGGAAGCGUCCGCCAAAAUAUACCCAAAUGCCCUGUAAAUGCCCUGAUGCCCUGCAGGGCAAGGGCAGGGCAUAAAACCCCAAUGCCCUGUACAGGGCAGGGCAUGGAAAUUUGCCAAUGCCCUGCCCUGUGUCCAAGCCUGGUCAUAACACAAAAUUUACUUUUUUUUAAUUUCAGAUUCGUAUUGUUCGCGACAACCUAAAAUACAGGAUCUAAUAAACUGUGCCAAGCCAGCGAUCACUUUGUACUACUUCGACACCAAUCGACUGAAAUGUCGACCGUAUGUCGUCACUGGGUGCGAUGACGUUGAGAGUACGGCAGACGAAGUACAAAACAGAUUUGGUACUAUUAAGGAUUGUAGAGCAAAGUGCGAAACUACUGGUAUGUUAUCAUGCGUUUUGUAUAAAGAACAUUUUAAUUAAAGCAUUUUGUGUUAUAGUUUUAAGAAAACAUGUUGUUUUAGCUUGUGAAAUCGGUGAAACUCCGUUGUACCUUGAUGAUGACUUUGCCAAGCCGUUUCUGUGUGAAACUAGAGACGCCUGUCCUCAUGGCUACAUUUGUAGAUACGACAAGUUGUUCCGACGACAAGUUUGUUGUGGAAAAACGUCAUUCGGUAUGUUUAGUAUUUAAUAUCUCACACGAAACAAAGCAUGCACAUAACAUUACUAACAUAACAUUAUUAACACGUAUAGUACAGCUAAAUAAGACUAACAGUAAGUAAUUACUAUUUUACCGUAACGUAAGGGUAAUACCAAAUGUUGUCUUUCUGAUGACAUUACUAACACUAACAUUCACUGUACUAACCCAGAUCCCUGUCCUGGUUACCGUACUUACAUCGUGCCAUUUACUGGUCGACCAAGAGAAUGUGACCCAUUAAACAGAGAAAAAGACGAAUGUCCAUCUGACUACUUGUGCACAUCUACACCUCAGAAUGCACUAAGUUACUGUUGUGCUCACAUACCAGGUCAUUUUCUUUAAUAAAAUAUCCUUACUAACAUAACAUAAGUACUUAUAUUUUUUUAAUUUAUUUUUUACCAUUCCAACGUUUAUUCAUCUUUCAAUGACUAAAGAUGACUAAAGUAUAGACUGUCAUAAAACAAUACCAUUUAAAAAACUAAACAUGUUUAGGAGUAUGCCCCGUGGGCCAACGACCUUGUAUACAUCCAUUGACCGCAAACACAAUCAAAUGUAACCCACACAGUUAUGACGCAGCUUGUCCAUCGGGCUACGUAUGUUCACCUACAAUAGUAGGUUCGUCGUGGGGAUUCUGUUGCUCUCAAACUUUGGUUGGUAUGUUUUUGUCAGCAUAUAUUAUUUCUGACCUUCUAUAUUUAUUAUAAUGUAAUACUAUUUAUUUAUUUAGUUUAAUGUCAUCAAUUAUGUCAUAAAGUAAGGCGCUUGUUUCAGCGAAUUGUCCUCGAAAUACAAAGCCUUACAUUAACAUUGCCACCAAUAUGCCCCAAAAAUGUACCGUAGGUGUCACUACAUGCAAGUAAGUUAAGGUUUUGGUAAUUUCUUUACCAAAACCUUUUUACCUCUUGGUAGUUGCGAUCUUGUCACUAUUGUAUUAACAAAAAAGUAUUGAUGUCAUAUUUCUACGAAUACGACCAUAAUAAUUUAUACAUAGCUAUAAAUAUACUCGUAAUAUCUUCAGCCAUGGCUAUGUGUGUCAAAACAGUGAACCAAAUGCAGCUAUGGGCUUCUGUUGCACCCCACCACAUUCAGCAGAGAUCGUUGUCAGACCGAUGUCACGAUUACAGACAACCACAUCACGUCUGACAACGCCUCGUCUGACCACUGUGGCAAGUUUUGUGGUCCAGAAGAGCAAGAGUAAGAGCGAGAGUGCGGAGGAAAAAAAGAGUUCGUCAGAGAAUGUAGACAAAAGUCAGGAGAUAGGCAAGUUUCUUCUGUUAUCAGUGAUAAUAAGCAGUUCGAUAAAAUAACAACAACAAUGUCUUUGGGAAUAAUGGUUAAACUAAUUUUGGCAUUCAAAAAGCGUUGCCAACAAUAUCAAUAAUAUUUUAGAAACCACAUCUAGAGCAUCUCUGGAGUUCAGUAAAGAAGACAAGAGUACUUUCGAAGAGGCAAAAGUCGUAUCAACUCUAGAGCAAGAAGUCAACUCAGUAACCACGACUGUUAAACCGACCAGAACAACCACUCAUACGACCACACACAGACCAAAGACGGUCAGAAACAAGAAUCACAAGGAAGACCUGAAAUGCCCUGAGGACUUUAAUCCAAUGAAAUACCCAAAAACUGGGCAGAUUAUGCACUGUACUCGGAGUAGAAAGAAAGAUUGUCCAGGUGAGAUACAUUACUAUGUUAUUUCAAAACAUGUUAUCGUACGAUAUAUCGUUCUAUUGACUUUUGGCAUUGAUAUAAUGUUGGAGGUGACAUUUAGCUCCAUCCAAAUGUUUAAAAGCCAGAGACGACCAAUUUAAGAGAACGCUGUGUUGUCUACAUCAAGAUGACCAGGUGAACGAAGAUGUUUCUUCAAAUUCUGAAUCGAACGAAGCUUCCAAAUUCAAAAUCAUCCCUGACCUCAAUCUUGGACAAAGUGAAGGUAAGCCUUUAACCCUUGUAUAGAAGUUUAGCUAGCUACGGUGCAGUUCUGUGUCAAUACUUCGCCUUACCUCAUUUCUUUUUAGACCCAACCUGUCCUACAAUAAUAUUGAGCAGAAGUUGUCGCCCGGGGUCUGUAGAUGACUGUGAGGACAACUUCUUCUGCCAAUUCAACAAACAGUACAAAGAGUAUUUAUGUUGUAGUUACCUAAAGAACGCCGGUCCUAAUAUUCUAUACGGACCACCAAGCUUUGUGCCAUUCAAUUGA